AUGUGGUCUAUCGCAAGAUUCAAGGAUGUGUUCUCUCAAGUGUCAUGCCAAAGUGGAUCCACAAAAGAUACUAGCGAUUGGGAUGAAGUGAAGUAUAUUUCAGAGCUAAGAGUAUUACUGCAAAAUAAAAGGUAUCUCAUCAUCAUUGAUGAUGUAUGGUCCGCAGAAGCAUGGAAAGCUGUCAAGUGUGCUUUUCCAGAAAAUAAUUGUUCUAGCAAAAUUAUAGCUACUACACGCAUCAAUGACGUAGCAAAGUCAUGUUGUCCGGGUGCUGAUGACCGUGUGUAUGAAUUGGAAGCCCUAAGUGAUCUCCACUCCAGAAGAUUGUUUUUCAAAAGAUUAUUUGUUGGCUCUGAGGAACAUUGCCCUGAAAUGUUGAAGGAAGUUUCUAAUAAAAUUUGA